CCUAACCAAUAGAUUUCGACGUUUAGUAUUUCUGUUGGAACUUCUAAAAGAAUAGAAAGAUGUGAUUGGUUACGCGAUUACGCGUUACGUAAAAAUACGUGCCAUGGGACUUCAGCCUAAAUCGGCUCUCCGUAAAGCUGGCCACAUAUACUAUGGAGUUUUUGCAAUUUCGUAUUUUAGAUACAGUAAAUACUGAAGUCACGUGACUUCAUACCGUAUCCCGUUUUUACGUCGCCUAGCUCAAAAAAGUUUUUGCAUGCAGUUAGCUGAAAAGAACAGACCAAAGAUCACUUUAGUGUACACUACUUGCACUAGUGUCGCCAGUGUAGAAGAAAAGAACAGACCUAUUGACAUGCCUUCAUUGUUGGAAGAAAACAAAUUCGAAUGCCGAGUUAGCUCGGUGUUAAACAAAAACGUUCGAUUGUACGGGAAGAAACACAUGUUCGAUAAUUCCACUGAAACAUGUUGGAAUUCCGAUGCAGGUACUCCGCAAUGGAUUAUUAUUAACUUCAAAGAAGAGUGUGAUCUUUCUAAUUUUGAGAUAGAGUUUCAAGGUGGAUUUGUUGGCAAAGAUUGCUAUCUGGAAGCAGGUAGUAAUGAGAAAGAUACAACAGUCGUAGAAGCUUUUUACCCAGAAGACAUGAACAACCUACAGCGAUUCAACUUAGUUAACAAAAUCAAAGCUAAAACUUUCAAAUUUUUAUUCAAUCAGAGCACUGAUUUUUUUGGCAGAAUUAUUAUAUAUAAUUUAUCUUUAUAUUCCUGAUAUUUUUUAUAUGCGUUACUGUUACUGUGACUAUUGCUAUUUUUUCUGAUGUUUUUGUUAUAUAUUGUAGAAAUAUUUAUAUAAGUAUCGAUUCCUCUUUUAGAAAAAAAAUGUUUAUUUGAAAUCCUGGUACAUAUUACAAAUUUAUCUUUUGUAGAAAUUAUGGAGGUACAUUAGUUCUGUUAUUUCUGGAAAUAAUUUUAAGAAAAAACGGGUCUAAUAUACUUCUUGAACCUGUUAUUUCUGUAAAUUAGUUCCAUUAGUAUAAGCAUUUGUAUUGACUAAUAUACUUAAAAUAACAGACUUAA